CCAGCCAGCAGGUUCUCGUCACUCCGCCAUCGCGACAACACGCAGGACCUUCUCGUCUCUCCCUCUCCUCAAUUAAAACUAGGCUCUAAGUCCUCCAUUCGCUCUCCACUCUCGUAAAACCAUGUCUGAAAAGAGAGGACCUCCCCCAUCAGCUGCCUUCCCAGGUGCCACUCCGGGAGUGAGUUACCCGCAGAUGAUUCCUCCACAGAAUCCACCUCCAUCAUACGUGGAGAGCCUAAACCACCAAGUGGUUGCAGGCAACCCUGGAAUUCCACAGUAUCAGCCCUAUGUGAGCCAGGCCAGGAUACUAUCCACCACCUCCACAAGCUCCUCCAUUCCAGCCAGGACAGAAUGUUUUGGUGUUGAAUGGUUUUGAUUCUGGUGCCAGGUUCGAUGGCAUUGCCCAGCCCACUAUCCCUCCCCCACCACCCGGUGUUGGACCAAAUGCAGCUCAACUAGCUGCUGCUUCCGGUGCUCAAGUAUCGAUGAGUCAGAAGAAAGGUUCCUUCCUCAGUGGAGGUUCAGGUGGAGGGUUCACUUUUUGGUAAAGUGUUUUAAGGGUUAUAUGU